AUGGGAAAUUUUAGCGAAGAGGAAGAGCAAGAAUCAAACUUUUUCGAUACCCAUCAGGAGAUAUCUUCUGUUUCCGAUUGGAGUUCAGAUUGUGGGGAUUGUAGCCCUAGUGUUUUGAAUAGUUUUUCAUAUGAUGAUUGGACUAAGAAUCCAGAAAGUGUUCAAGAUCGGCGGCGGAGGUUCUUCAAGUGGAUGGGUUUAAGUUUGAAUCGAAAUGAAGGUGUUGAAGAGGAGUUUUAUGAUGAUUCCAAGGACAAAAUCCAAUUAGGUGUUGAUGAUAGGAUGGUGGAUACUAGCGGAGUGGUGUUAAGGACAUCAAGUUUUGAAGAUGGCUUUUUGUCAACUCAGUCUUCGAUGUCUUCCGAGUCAAAUGAAGUUUGGCGACAAUCAUUUGAAAGUGGUAUGUCGGAUGGGAAUAUUGUUUGUAGAAUUAAAAAUUUGGAUGAUGGAACAGAGUUUCUGGUGGAUGAAUUGGAUGAGGAUGGAAUGCUUAGUAGACUGCACGAGGUGGGAUCCAAUCAAUCUCUUAGUUUUGAAGAGUUUCGACGAACACUGGGUACAUCUCCUUUGGUUGAAAGAUUUUUGAAGAAAUAUGUUAAUGAUGGAAGAGAUAUAGUAGAAGCCAAAAGGAAAGCUAAAAGGAGUUGGCUGAAGAAAUUUGGUUUGAUGGGAAGGAUUAUACAUAGACAAGGGACAGCUGCCUCGAAGCCCUGUGAUCUUGAAUCAACCACAGGAGCAAGGAUGCAUAGAGUUAAAGUUCAUCCAUCCAAAAAGCACACCAAAGAAUUGUCUUCCCUCUUUACUGGACAGGAAUUUCUGGCUCAUAAGGGAUCAAUUUUGACAAUGAAAUUCAGUCUUGAUGGGCAAUACCUGGCAAGUGGUGGUGAAGAUGGUGUCGUGCGUGUGUGGAAAGUGAUUGAGGAUGACAGAUCCAUUCACUUUGACAUCCCAGCCACCGAUCCCUCGUAUCUAUAUUUCACAAUGAAUCAUCUUUCUGAACUAGCUUCUCUUGAUGUGGAUAAAAAGAAAAUUGAUAAAAUGAAGAGACAUGGAUCAUCAGAGUCCACAUGUGUUGUUGUUCCACCAAAGGUGUUCAGGGUAUUGGAGAAGCCUCUGCAUGAGUUUCAAGGACAUAGCAGCGAGGUUUUGGAUCUCUCGUGGUCUAAGAAAAGGUUUCUAUUGUCCUCUUCUGUUGAUAAGACGGUUCGCCUUUGGCAAGUGGGAUGCCACCGAUGCUUGAGAGUUUUUUCCCAUAAUAAUUAUGUGACUUCUGUUGAUUUCAAUCCUGUGGAUGACAAUUAUUUCAUCACUGGCUCAAUAGAUGGUAAAGUUCGCAUCUGGGAAGUGCUAGGCUGUCAGGUUGUUGAUUAUACUGAUAUACGGGAGAUAGUUACUGCUGUGUGUUAUCGUCCUGGUGGAAAGGGAGGACUGGUAGGCACAAUGACAGGAAACUGCCUCUUCUAUGAUGUCAUAGAUAAUCGACUGCAACUGGAUGCUCAAAUAUGCUUACAGAGCAAAAAGAAGCUACCAGGCAAGAGGAUAACUGGCUUUGAGUUCUCCCCAAGUGACCCAAGCAAAGUAGUUGUCACUUCUGCUGAUUCACUAGUACGAGUGCUAUGUGGCCUGGAUGUCAUUUGCAAAUUCAGGGCUUCGAGCCUUCGGUUUGCAGCAAACCAGACUUCUGCAUCUUUUACCUCGGAUGGGAAACAUAUUAUAUCAACAAGUGAAGAUUCUAAUGUCUACAUCUGGAACAAUACCAGCCAGGAAAGGACUUCUCGAGCAAAGAACAUUCAGUCUUGUGAGAGCUUCUUGUCUCAAAAUGCAUCUGUUGCUAUACCUUGGUGCGGUAUUGAAACUGUUCCAGGAACGCUUUCAUAUCCUGAAACUGGUGGGGAUGGUACUAGUUUACAAAAUGACCAUAACCGUCCGAAAUUUUGUGGAGAGCUUGACCAGAAAAGGCUUUCCUCUUCUCCAUCAGACUGUUUCUCUCUUGCCCGUGGAUUUCUGUUGGAGACUUUGACAAGGGGAUCUGCAACUUGGCCUGAGGAGAAACUUCCCAACUCAAGUCCGAGGGCAGCCUCACCUACAAAAUCUAGACCCGAGUUCAAGUAUUUGAAGAAUGCUUGCCAAAAUAUGUUAAGUUCUCACAUGUGGGGUCUUGUGAUUGUAACUGCAGGCUGGGAUGGACGGAUUAGAACAUACCUCAAUUAUGGUUUGCCUCUUCGACUGUGA